AUGGUCGACGGUGCGAGUGCAACACACCACGACAGCCCUAUUGGUGCUUGUUUGGGUCGGAGGAUGCGGUCUGCGGAGGGUGCGUUUCCGCGCAGCCGGCACCGUGUGCGGUGCAGGGCCAUUGCGGCUGUGCGUGCGGCGCUGCUCGUUGUGUUUGCGCUGGUUGCUGCUGCGGCGUGGAUGCCCGCGGUGCAUGCGGUGGUGUUGCGACUGCGGGGCGGCACGGUGGACAGAGCCAUCACGGUUGGCCGCGCCGUGGAAACGGUGCUGAUGGACGGCGUGUACAUCACGAACGGCGUGGCUGUGGUGUUUGACGUUGCGGCGAUGCUUCCCGGCGCGCUGCGCAUCGACUUGAGGAACUGCGUGUGCGACGGCGGUGCGCAGAUCUACGUGCGGGGCUACAGCGGCGAGCCGGCGAGUGACCGGAGCCUGGAGGUGAGCGUGAGCGGGCUGUCGGGGAGCUACUGCUCGCUUGUGUUUGUGCACAACCUGCCGGCACACACGAACGUGACGGUCCGUGACUCGACGAUUGUGACGCCUGGACCGAUGCGCUACUCCCAGCUGAGCGGGCUGACGGAUGCGGUGGCGUCGCCGCUUGUGCUGCACGCGACGUCGCUGUUGGAGUCGCAGCUGCGUGUGAGCAACACUGUGCUGAGGUCGUUGCAGGCGGGCGGGUCUGCGGUGCACGUUGGCGGCGGCGUGGACCUGCUGUCGAGCGCUGUGGUGCUUGACGGCGUGUCGCUGGAGGCGUCGGGCGGUCCGACCGCGUCCGCGAUGCGUGUGGCGUCCCCGUCGCGCCUCAGUCUGCGGAGCCACUCGGUGUUCUCCGUGACAAGUGUGUCUGUUGUGAGCAGCGGCGGCGGCAUUGUGCUUGGAGAGCGCCUCGCGGUGUCCGACUCGGUGCUGCGCUUCGUGGGCGUCGAGGGGUCUGUUGCGUCGUCGCUGGUGCGCUGCGACGGUGGGACGAUCGGUGGUGGCGGGUGGCUGGAGCUGCACGACGUGUGGGCGGUGGGCGAGGCGUCGUCUGUGGCGUCGCUGUCGGGUGUGACGCUGAGCGGCUGUGCCGUGUCGAUUGCGCGCUGCGCUGCCACCGGCGCGACGCUUGUCUCCGGGCUGACGAUCACGAGCGGCGUCGUGUCGGUGCAGUGCAACCGUGCCGGCGGCCGUGUGCUGCGGAGCAGCGGCGACUACCGCAUGGCCGGCCUGCCCUCCGUGAGCGUGGUGCCGUGCGACGGCUGUGCGGCUGCGCUGGCGUGCUUCGAUGCGCUGACGGCGUCGUUCUCUGACUGCGUGUGCAGCUGCCGUGCCGGCGGUGUGGGCGAGGCGUGCCUGCCGUUCGACGUGCCGGUUGCGAGGGCCGGCGGGGGUGCGCAGGGCUGCGUGAGUGGCGUGACGCUGACGGAGUCGGUGACGGUUGGCGGCGGGCGGGCGACGGCGUGCUUCGACUCGGUGGUGUUCAGCGGGCCGAUCACUGUGGUGUUGGACCUGCGCUCGAUGGACGCGUUCGCUGACGCGCUGAACGUGACGCUGCGCCACUGCGUGCUUGCGGACGGCGCGCAGCUGCGGAUUGGUGGCCUCAGCGAGAGCACGUCACGCCUGAUGCCCCACGCCCUCGUCAACAUGACGAAUGUGACGUCGGUGGAGGGCACGAUCGUGCUGCAUGGCGCGAUGCCGCCGAACUCGAGUGUGCUGCUGGCGAACUCAACGCUGCGUGCGACGGUUGGCGGGUCGCAGUACGUGCCAACAGCCCGUGGCCUUGCGGGAUUUCGGUGUGGCCCCGCGCUUGUCCUGGACGGCGUCCGGCUACUGUCGACGCGGUUUGUCAUGACGCGGUCGACGCUGGUGUGUGGCGGGGGCUCGUGCGCUGCGAUCCUCGUGGAGCGCGGCCUUGACGUGAAAUUGUCCAGCGUCUUCUACAUGGACAACUGUGCUGUCAAGUCGCGGGCGCACGUGAUUUACUCCAUUGCGUCGGACCUGCGUGUUGUCGGCGGCUCCGUGUUCUCCAUACAGAACAGCUCGUGGAGUGCGCCGAGUAGUAAAUUCUACGAAAGUGCGUGUAUGUUCAGGGAUGUUGUGGUGACUGGUGGCAGCGUGCUGCAGAUUGUGUCCAGCACUUUCCGUCUUGGCUUUGCCAUGCUCAUUGCAAACACGCUGACCGUGACUGACGGCAGCUGGCUGGUGCACCGCAACAACGAGUUCCGCGCCGCCUACGUUGUGUACGUGCUCAAGGAGAACGGCUUGGCGUUCCGCGAUCGGAGUGUGUGGUCGAUACUUGACAACAACUUCACGUACGACUCGUACUCGUCGACCAUCGCACGCAUGACAAGCAACUGGUCACCAUCAUCCGACACGCACCCGAUCAUCUACGGCGUGUGCAACGAGGCAAUGGGCUCUCCUGUGACGGAUUACCAAGAAGAGCUCAACAUUGGAGCACCCGUGACGGUGCUGGACUGUGGUGCGUGCACCGUGGACGCCGUGUGCUUUGCAGCGAGGACGAGCAGCGUCAGCGGCUGUGAAUGUGUGUGCGCUGCUGGCGGCCACGGUGACACUUGUCUGCCAGCUGCGGUUCCGGACGGCCUUGGGCCGCUCCCGCUCCCCGAUGCGAGGGACACGGAGGUCCGCUGCGUGCACGGUGGCAGCAUCAGCUCCGUGGACGAUCCUGAUCCCGGUGUGCGUGGUCUGUGUUUUGUUAACGUGAUCUUCACUGCCGCGAUCGUGCUGGACCUGUUGCAUUUUGACGCGCCACAACAAACACUGAACAUCACGCUGCUGCAGUGCGUCCUCGUGGGCCUGUCGAUCAAGGGGAGUGGUGCGCGAGUGCGCGUGAACGUGACAUCCUCGAUGCUGGAUUCUGGUGAGCUGGAGUUUAAGGGUGAUUUUGGCGCGAGCUCCCAGAUACUGGUGGCGGGCAGUACGCUUGUGACGACGUUGGUCCAUGCCAUUGCUAUUUCGGGGUUUACUCUUGGAGCGAACUCGACGCUGCUGCUGCUUGACAACCGCAUUGAGGGAAGUAGUUACGCAGUCUAUUUUUCCAUUGGUGUUGUUGAUGGUGGCGGGAUCAUUGUGAAAGGAAAUACGUUGAGGGCAACAGAGGAGGAUAACGGUGUGGAAUCAUCCGUUUGCGUUUUCGCUGUCGUGAGGAACGGCGGCCACAUUGACGUGGAGAACAACACGAUGAGAGCGGUUAAUGGCGUUUAUUUAUUUGAGGAUACCGUCGUGAGCACCGCGGGGCUGUUGAGAGUGGCGGAUUGCAACUUUGUUGGCAGCGCGGAGUUUUCUGAUUCUGCGCUGGUGUUUUUGGACGGCACUGUGACACUUCAGGGCGGUGCGCAGUGGCGUGUGGAGGGUAACAACGUGAGUGCGGCCUCAGUAUUAAGUAUGCCACGUUCUCAGCAGAAAAUUAAGCUGUCGGGCAGCGGCACCACUGUGGUGCUUGCACACAACCGUCAGGUGGAAGGAAGUGCAGCCUUUGCCAAACUUCUUCCACCGAACACGAUUGUGGCGUCGCCCGCGCGGUUUGUGGUGGGGUGCAACCUGCACGAGGAAGGGAGGGAGGUGUUGUACGACGGUGUGUUUCCGGAGGGCGUGGUGGUGUUCAGGUGCGGCACGUGCAACGACGACGCGGCGUGCUACAUGCCCGGGACGGAGUCGGUGGACCGCAACUCGUGCUCGUGCAGCUGCAGGGACGGAUGGCAUGGCGCGUCGUGUCUUCCCCUUGAGGUGCCCGACACGGUUGUGCCGCCCUUGCCGGAGAGAGCUGUCGACGGCGACACGAGCUGCGUGGUGGACCAGACGCUGACGGACCUCACGCUGAACAUGUGGAAGACGCACCACUGCUACGUCGGUGUGACAUUCAGCGGCGUGGGUGCUGCGCUGAAGUUUUUUUUCAACAGUAUGCCGCUGCAUCUCCCCAUCAACAUCACGCUCACUGGGUGCACAUUCCGUGGCGGAGCCACGCUGCAGUUUUUUGGUGGUGCUGAGGCGGUCGAGUCAUCCGGCGUCCUGGUCCGCGUGAGCCAGACGGUUAUGCGGUCCUCUGUUGUUGUGUUUGCACUCGCCCUCCCGCAGCACUGCGACAUUGCCGUCACGGAGGUUGACGCGGUGCAGUCUUCCGCAGUCCAGCUUUUUGACAUUAGGAUCAACAUCUUGAGCGUAUUGUUUCUGAGGAACGUUGUGUUGGCUGCGUCCUCGUUGUUGGUCAGCAACAUCAAGGCGCAUUCCUUGAGGUACGGCGGGUUUGGUUUGCACUCGGUUGGGACGCUGACGCUGGAGCGUGGCAGCUCGCUGUACGCGCGUUACUGCAGCUUCGCUGGGUACAAACACCUGUUCUACGUGAAUAUCCUCAUUGUCCGCAAUCACUCUGUUUUUGCGCUGCUCAACAAUACGAUGUCCUCCGGGGCAGGCCUCCUGCUUCAGCAACACGGAUUCAGCGUGUCGGAUCACAGCGUGUUGCGCGUGGUGGGGAACAGGGGUUCCGUGUCAUACGCUAUUUACGCCAACAAUUUGUGGACCGUUGAGCGGUCAAGCUGGUUGGAUUGGCGCGACAACGACGUGGGUUUGGGUGCGAUUUUCUACGACAGUGGAUCCCCUUUUGUGGACAUGGACAGCAGCAGUGGCGUGACGCUGACGGGCUGCACGAUGGGCUCGACGGGGUUGUCGGUAUCCUUGCUGAAGCGGGUUGACGCCGGCUACCGGUUUGUUGCUGGGUGUCUGACGGUCGCGGGACGCUUGCUGACGACGGCGGCAGAGCUGGAACUGAGCGGCAUCACCAACGUGACGACGGUUGCAGGGUGCGGGGAGUGCACUAAGGAGGGCGACUGCUUUGCCCCGCUGACGACGGAGGUUAUUGACUGCAAGUGCCAGUGCGCUGCUGGAGGGCACGGCGAUGCGUGCGUCCCGGCGCCUGUGCCUGCUGGCCCGCCGCCACCGCCCACGCCGCCAGUGCCGCCCACGCCGCCACCGCCGCCGGUUGGUGAGUGCAUCAGCGACAUGGUGUACCCCGAGGUGGUGCAGGCAGUGGGCGGCGGGCUGUCGUGGCUGUGCUACCGCAACGUGACGUUCAGUGGGGGCGGCAUGAGCCUGACGGUGCUGGUUGGGGCGAUGGCGGGCGACGUGGCGAAUGUCACGUUCGAUGGAUGCACGUGGAGGGACGGCGCCGUGCUAGUGCUGUUGGGCAACGCAGACGCCGCUGUUAGGUCGCUGAACAUCCUCGUCACCGGCAGCAAGUUCUGUGACGCGCUGCUCAGCCCGGAGGGUGUGUUUCCACCGCACACGAACAUCACGAUCAGCGGGAACCGCUUUACGGUCACGAGGCUGAUCCCUCGGUUGGGUUUGGGCCUUAGGGAUCCGUCGUGUGUUGCGAUGAAUAGACUGGUGAUCAGCAACGACUCCGCGGUGGUGCUCAGUGGCAAUGUGUUUCAGAGCGUGAGGGCAUCGUCAAGCGCCAUCCGCGUCGUUGAAUCUUCUCUGAGGGUGUCGUGGCACUCCGUGUUUGCGGUGGUGGGCAACACGUUUCAUAUGGAUGGCGGAGACAGUAAUUUGAUAUAUUUUGAAGGGUCUAGACACUCCUCAUCGCUGAGCGUACUGAACAACUCCGCCGUGGUGAUCCGAGGCAAUCUUGUGUCGAGGCCGGUGCGGUACUUCAUGUAUUUUAUUUUGUCAUUACGUGUGGAGUCCUGGUCAGCGGUUGUGUUUCAAGGCAACGACAUGCAGGGAAGCUUGGCUGUGUUUUAUUCAAGUGACUCCUCCAACAUCUACUACAACUCCUGGCUGCAGUUGAGCGGCAACCUUUGCCGCGUGUUCCCAUCGAAUGAGUUUGCUUUCUUUUCCUCCAAGGUGAAUCUCCGCGGCUCCACGGUGUCAGUGUCCGGCAACCAAUUUUUAUCCAGCACGGUCUUGCCGACCGUUUUGCGGAUACCCACGGUGUCCAGUGACCUCACAAACGGAGCUAUUUUGGCUGCGUGCAACACUGUGAACGGCGGUGAGGAAGCGAACUACGUUAUUCCGUCUGUGUACGAUGCCACCUUCCUGACCUGCAGUGAUCCAUGCAUCCUCGCGACGUCGUGCUUCCCCGCGUACACGACGAAGGCCUCGAGUGAUGGCUGCGCCUGCGCAUGCGCGGAGGGCGGCCAUGGCGAUGCGUGCCUGCCCGUUGCUGUCCCCGAGCCGCCGAGCACCGACGGCACCGACUUGUGCGUGCGGGACGUGCGUGUGGGUGUGGAGGUGAACGUCAGUUUCGGGACGUCGGUGGUGUGCUACGUUGGCGUGACCUUUGCGGCGGACGUCGUGGUGGACGUGGAGUCGAUGUCAGGGGGCGUGCGCAACGUGACACUGGCGAACUGCACGUUUGUGAGUGGAGCGAGCCUGUACGUUGUUGGGUGGCGUUCCGACCCGCCUGCUGGCGAGCGCGCCGAUGUGUUGUUCAGCGGGCUUGAGUCGCGCUCCGGCGGCGGCGUGGUGGUGGCGAGCCGAUUUCCGCCGGGUUCGCGCGUCACUGUGGUGGACUCGGUGCUGAUUGCAGAGGCGCGUGUUGCGUACCGCGACGCCUACGGCCUUGGCGACGCCUCCGCGUGCCUCGUGUUGCACAACGUGAGUUUGACGGGGAGUGUGCUGACCAUUGCGCGCACGCAGGUGGCGGCUGUGUUCGGCGACGCUGUUGGCGUGUUGGUUGUUGGCGGCGUGGCGCUGUCGUCGCGCGGUGCGCUGUACGUGGACAGGCUGUUGGUGCAGACGGCGCUGGGGCUGUGCGUGUCGGUGGAGGGCGGUGUUGCAGCCAGUGGCGGCUC